GUCUACUACGGCUAUAUUGCGUAGCCAGCGUGGCUUCACCGCGCUUCGAUUUCGCGAGGAAAACCACGCCGCUUCACAACCCACCUACGAAGAUGUUUUAGAUAGACGUCUAAAUAAGCGUAUAAGAAAGCGCGUAAAACCAAUUUAUAACGGUGCACAAGCCACCCCACGUGCGGCGAGGCUAACGAAAGUACUUCCUUGCCUGGAAAGUAGUCCUAGCAGAGCCUUUGGUUUGCUGCUGCUGUUUUUUGUUUCGUUGUUUGGUAUAGAGCUACCGCUUUCCGAGCUGGGCACCAUGGGAAAGGAUGAUCAAGGCGCGGGUGACCCGCUCGACAACGUGCUCUACUGCAGCGGCUUACGUCGGCUCAGCGUGUGGCCGUGGUUCAAAGCAGUUGCCAGCUUGUUGCUGACCGAGCGUCAAGGUUUGCCUCCUGGCGCACCUGUAAAGGAACACAGGAACGCUAGGCUAGGGAUUAGAUACUCAACAACAGCUGCUCCCUUUCACCCGUCUUUGCUGGGUACGACGACAGCUGGUCGCUUUUGCCCGUCAAACCCUCUGCAUGAUUACAGCUGCUCGCUUAAUCCGUAUGUUGCUCUGCAUGCUUGCUGACUUCUGUAUAUGAUAACCACACUGCUUUCCAUUCCCUUGUUCCGUGCAGCUGGCCCAGCGGGGCGACGACCCGGAUGUGGAAGGCCCGCCGGACGAGCACGAUGGUUCAGAGCUGCUCCCCAUCGGUUUGAACACGGUGCCCGAGGACGGUAUGGACGCCGUUGCAGCUGCAGCUGCGCAAGCGGCAGAUGCACUCCCGGACGUGGACGCUAUGGCUGGUUUCGACAUGACUAAACCGGAGGGCAGGUACGCGUACGACGCUGUAACCCGCUGUAGUGACGUGCACCUUCCAAAUGGCCAUGGUGCGGACGCGGUGUCCUUAGUUCGGCGAGCCACCCCAGAAGACGGCCCCAUGCUGCGCGCCGCCGAACAGCGCCUCAAACAGUUUGUGCUGAGCGAUGCUGAAGUAGCUCCUGCAGCAAACAGCGACAGCCACCAACGGCUGCACGUUGCCGGCGGCCAUCAUGGCGACCCCGUCCGUGCGUGGGUCACCACAAUCAAUUCCAUCACCGGAGCCAGCACGGACAUUCACCUGCGCCCUGGAACCGCGCCGCCGUACGUACACAUGGCGACGCCGCCUACACCCGAGCAGACGAUCCAGCUCUUCACGCUGUCAGCAGAACAGGGCGUAGCGUUCUUGCUUAUCCACCGCGCAUUCAUGGCUGACAUCCAGCACCAACCGCAGCCGCCGCUGCACCUCAUGGUGGUGGGCGGUCCGGGUACUGGCAAGAGCCAGACCAUUAAGGCCGCUCUGUGGCACACCUUCCAGCACGGGCACCGCGAUUGGCUAGCCACAACCGCUUACACCUGGUGCGCGGUGAUCACGGUCAACACUCCCUACCACCGGGGGCUGUCGACCAGCACCAUGUUCCAAUUGGGAUGGGGCCGAGGUCGUCAGCAACAAUCCUCACGCGCUGGCGAACAGGUACGAAAGAAUGUUCCCGGAGGUGCCGUAUCCUUCGAUGAGCUUAGCUUCCUAAGCCUGCAGCACCUAGGGCAGAUCAACGCAUCGGCCAGCAGGCACCUCCAGCGACCUCCCCACCUGUCCCGGAGUGGUGCCGGCUACAGCAUGCUUGCUGGUCGGCACGUCAUCAUGUCCGGCGACAUCCUUCAGCACAGGCCGCCCAACGGCAGGCCACUUUACACGUUUGCAGAGGGCCUGGAGAAGGACCGCAACUACCUCGCUCGGCUUCGAAGCGGCGACACCACAGCCCCACGCGGAAUCCCGCCGCUGCCAAAACAGAAGAAGCCCAGGCCGCCCACCCGUGAAGAAGAGGCUGGCCUGGACUUCUACCGCGCCAUCGCUUUCAUUAUACUGCUCUCCAAGCAGCAACGCCAGGACGACACGCCAAGCGGCCGCCUGCUAACACGGCUAGCAAGUGUAUUCAGCGGCGGCCAGGAUGUCAACCGGAGAACGAUCGAAGAGCUCGUCCGCCAGUUGAAUAGCCGCGUCGUACCCGACCUGGCUGCUCUCGGUUCCAGCGACCCACGGGUCGUCCUGCAGCGAAACCAACCCCGGCACGGCCUCAACAUCCGUCUCAUCAAGCUGCAAGCAGCACACCAGGGGAGGCGGCUGGUCGUGUGGAAGGCGCGUCACGCUCGUACGGGGCACAACGCACUCCCGCUCAAUGAAGCAGGCCAGCGCGCCGCUUCUAUGGCGCCUGACGAGGGCUAUGAACAGUUCACGCCUGACACCUGGUACUUCGAGGGCGCCAAAUUCCUCGUCCUGGACAAUAAUGGCCCUGAUGCCGGCAGUUGCCACAACAACACUGUGGUGACGUGCGGCCUGUUGACGGACAAGGAGGAGCCAGAUGACACGGGAGAGGGACCUUACAGGCGCCUGCAGUUCGUCCCCCGUGCGGUAUUCGUACGGCCCGCUGCCGGGAACACCGACCUCUCCGUCCUUCGCGGCCUGCUUGACUACGACGAGACUCGUGCCGCCUUUGUGGUUACCCCACGGUGGAGCGGCGCCCAAAAGGUGGUAUUCCCUGACCGUACGGUUGUCAGCGAUGGUGAGCCCGCUGUCAACUCGGCCAGCCUCAAGCGCUUUAACAUACCCCUAGGCGACGCGUACGCAGUGGAGGAGUUUGGGGGUGGGGAGGCUAGGGGGUGGGAGGGUGAAUAGGGCUGCGUCAUUCGGCGCUGUGGGGCUGGGCUGGGCGCAUGCAAGCCCUGCAGCUGUUGCGGCGGCUACUGAAGAUUGCUAGGUACUGGAUGGCGGUCAAUGAUGCCUGGCGGCUCGCAAAACACCGCAUGCAUCUUGCAUGCCUCACUUGCUAGGGCUUGCUGUAAAUCUCCCUCGGUCGGGUUUGCGCGUGCUGCAGCUCUUGCGAUGUCUACUGAAGGUUGCUAGGAACUGGAUGGUGCUCAAUGAUGCCUAGCGGGUCGUAAAACACCGCAUGCAUCUCGCAUGCCUCGCGUGCUAGGGCUUGCUAUAAGUCUCCCUCGGUCGGGCUUGCGCGUACUGCAACUGUUACGGUGACUACUGAAAGUUGCUAGGUGCUGGAUGCUGGUCAAUGACGCCUGGCGGCUCGUAAAACACCGCAUGCAUCUUAUCGGUGUGGGUUGUCCGUGCCUCUCUUGCUAGAGCUUGCUAUAAGUCCCCCUUAGACUUGCGGGUACUAGCCGCACUGACGGUGCUUAUUACUGACGCCACUGACUGCAAACCUACACGCUUUAAGUACGCCUCGUAA